GGCUACCUCCAGCUACCUUCGUCGUCUACCUUCCCCUAUUUGAUUUCCCAAACUAGGUAACUCCUAAAUCUCACCUCACCCUACCUUCACUCACCUCCCACCAAACACAGCUUAAAUCUCACCUCACCCUACGCCGCUACUCUUCCCUUCGAUUCUGGUCUUUCUUCAUCGCCAAAAAAAAAUUCUUCACCCAAAUAUGGCAAAUUGGAGAAAUACAAGGAAUCCUUCACGGAUUUUUGGCCGAUUCUUCGCCUUAUUUCCGAAAUCUACACCGCAGCCCUCUGCCAAUUCUCUAGGUUUUUUUCCCACUUCUUCGGCGACUUUGAACCUCACGCAACCCUCUUCUUCGCCAGUUACGAUCUUCUUCGCCUAAGGUAUCGGAUUUCUUCCUCGCCAAUUACGAUCCCCGAUUCCGAUUGAUGUCAUCGAUACAAUUCCUUCUACAAACAACAAUUUCAUUGGAAUAAUCAAUACCUAUUGCUGGGUGAUUGGCUAUGUAGCGGCUCUCAAAUUGGAUAGAGAAUUUGUGCUCGGGGAUGGAUCAUAUGCAAAUCAAAAUUGGUAUCUCGAGACGAUGAUGAAUCUUUUGGUAGUUUUGUAAAGAUGAAUCUAAAUUGUGCAUAGAAAAAUCAUAUACUCCCUGUGUCUAAAAAAAUACUCUUAUUUUAAAUCUAGAGUUUGACUACCUUGGGUGUUCCCGAACUAGUAUAAAAGCAAUAUACAAAAUGCACACAGAUUACCGUCCGCAUCCGUAUCCGUUUAAAGAGGAAAUAUCCGCAUCUGAUUUAAACGGAUAUUAUCUAUAUCAGAUCAAGGAUAUCCGAUUACUAAACGGAUACGGAUUUGGUUCUAGGGUCGGGGAGAGUGAGGAUUUCAACUACGGUGAAGAUGGCCGUGAAGAGGAGGAGCUAAAUGGCGACGAUCGCGAAGAAGAAGAGUUGAAUGACGACCGCCGCAUAGAGGACUUGAAUAGUGAGGGUCGCGAAGAUGAAGAGCUCAAUGCUGAGGAUCGACGGGAGGGACCUCGUGAUGGGGGUCGGUUUUUGUAUGUCAAUUCAGAUGACGAGGUUACGAUCACUAGGGCUGGUGCUGCACUCAUCACUCCAGCAUUCUAUGAGAAGACGGACCCGGCAUGCAAGUCUUGGCGUGAUGUCCCACAGUCAGUGAAGGAGUUCUACUUUCGAGAGUUCAAGAAAAAUGCUCGACCAGAUCCGGCAAUCAAUGAGGGGAAGCUAAGGAAAGCAUUUCUCAAGAAAGCUGCUAAACGGUACUCAGGUUACACAUACAAUGUUUGGGAUGAGGAUCCAGAGUUUCAAGAGGUGAGUAAGACCAAGAAGAAGAAUAUGCAAAAGGGAAGGGAGGAUGGUCCCGCUUUAGGGACGUAUUGUGGAGGUUCUAUUCCAUUUUCUGAAAAUAUGAAUCGAUUGUCUAAGAAGAAAGGAGCACCUGUAUCGUUGGAUGAGGUUAUCAUCCACACAAAAACGAAGAAACAUGAUGGUCAAUCUUGGGUAGAUCCAGUUGUUGCUGAAUUGCAGGCUCAAUUUUUGGAAUUGCGGGAGGAAGCUAGAAAAAAAGGGCUUAAAGUCACCGACGAGCAGAUAUGGUACUCACUUGUCGAGGGCCAUAAUGCCAAGAAUCGCGUGCCUGGAGUCGGUGACUACGAGCAUGAAAUGAGGAAGAUGAAUCAGUCUUCGAAACCUCGACGUUCAGCCAAGACUAGCAGCAGCGCAAUGGAGAUUGCAGCACUUAGGGCGAAAAAUGAAAAACUACAAGAAGAAUUUGAUAAUUUGAGAUCGAACUUGACGUUGACCAUCCAUGAAGAGUUAAAAAAACUUCUUGGUGGUAACCUUCCUCCACGAAGAAAUGAUGAGGUACCUACAAAAGAGGGAAAAUUGCAGAAACUGGGAGCAGCUUCAGAAAAUUUGCAACGGAUCUGCCAAGGAAACCAUAGUCCGUCGCAGAACUAUUGCAUAAACUGAAAGUAGGACCCGUGGCAAAUCCGUGGCAAAUCUGCCAUGGAAAAAACGCCUGUCGCAGAAUAUCAAAAAUAGGACGCAAAAAACAUCCGUUGCAAAUCUGUGGCAGAUCUGCCACGGAAAACCUUUUCCAUCACUGAUUUUGAAUUUGCCACAACUUUUUUGCGACAGCCUGUUUUCGUCGCGGGUCCGUAGCAGAUUAUCUGUCUGCCACAGAAUUUCAGUUUCUGCCACAGAUUUUUUCUGUGGCAAAUCUGUCCAUU